GCGGCUCCACUCCUUCUUCCCAUGGGCCUCGGCUUGCGGGCCUUUCAAACAUGGAGGAGCGGGAGCGGGGGGCGAGGUCGGCUCGCGCCGCGAGUCCCGCGCGCCCGCCCAGCCCGCGGCUGGAUGUCAGCUCUGACAGCUUCGACCCGCUGCUGGCCCUGUACGCGCCCCGCCUGCCUCCCAUCCCCUACCCCAAUGCCCCCUGCUUCAACAACGUGGCGGAGUACGAGAGCUUCCUCAGGACCGGGGUCCGGGGCGGCGGGCGCGGGCGCGGGCGGGCUCGGGGCGCGGCCGCGGGCUCGGGGGUUCCCUCCGCACCCGGGCCCUCAGGCAGGACUCGCCGCCGCCCGGACGCGCCCGCGCCGGACCCCGAGCGCAUCCAGCGUCUCCGCCGUCUCAUGGUGGCCAAAGAGGAAGGGGACGGAGCCGCAGGAGCGGGCCGGAGGGGUCCCGGUCGGAGCAGGAAGGCGCCACGCAACGUGCUCACGCGAAUGCCCUUGCACGAAGGCAGCCCUCUGGGUGAACUCCAUCGCUGUAUCCGCGAGGGGGUGAAGGUGAAUGUUCACAUCCGCACUUUCAAGGGACUUCGGGGCGUCUGUACAGGCUUCCUUGUUGCAUUUGACAAGUUCUGGAAUAUGGCACUUACUGAUGUGGACGAGACCUACCGAAAACCUGUCCUAGGCAAAGCAUAUGAACGGGAUUCUUCACUGACUCUCACUAGGCUAUUUGAUCGACUGAAACUUCAAGAUUCCUCCAAGAAGGAAGCAGAUUCUAAGUCUGCAGUUGAAGAUUCCACUCUGUCUAGAUACUCACAGACAUCCACUUGGAAGUUGGCUUCAGUGUGGGGAAGAGGAGACACUGACCGGGGCUCACACAAGCGUUCCCGCUCUGUCCCUUCUUCCCUGCAGGCCUCUGCAAGGGAGGAGUCCAGGUCAGAGCUGUCAGGGAGGACUACACGGACAGAAGGCUCCAGUGUGGGAGGUACUGUUUCCAGGGCUACCACCCUUUCCAGAGGCCAGUCCCGUAAGAAAAAGCGAAAGCCCAAAGUGGAUUACCAGCAGGUAUUCACUCGACACAUAAAUCAGAUUUUCAUUCGAGGCGAGAAUGUCCUGCUGGUUCAUCUUGCACAGUGACCAGCUCAGCCUGGGCUUUGGUUUUUAGAAAUAAAAUGCAUGAAUUGCUGCUAUGCUGUAUCCUAGUAUCCCAGUGAAACUCUGAGUUGGAAUGAUUCCCUCUGGUCCUGCAUAAGCAGAGGACAGAGCAGGCUCAGCCCCCUGGAAGAUGAGCUCAAGGGGAGGACAGGCCUUGGGAGGGCGGGCAUUUGCAUUAAUAUCAAGGCAAAAAGCAUACAUAGAUACAUGCAUCUGAUUUGGUAUCAUGAUUUACUUCAGACCCUGAAACCAAAUAUCUGAUCUUCCAUUAGACUUAGGGGUCACAAUAUGAGUGGAAUUUACUUUUUAGAGACUAUAGGGGAAAGAAAAGUCUCAAAAAGAAGUAUUGCAUGUCUAAAAUCUAGUGUCCUGAGUACUCAUGAAUUCGAUUCCAAGAGUAGCAGUGUAAAUUGCCUUGGAGCCCUGCAUUCAUAUCUUGUAACUAACUUUUGAAUUUUGCCUGACAUGAUUCUCUCUUGAUGCAGAAAUGAAAUAUAUUGUCUUUGAAUAUCUACAAGAUCUAGGAAAGUUACCAACUUAUAUAGGGGUGGAAUUUGGAUAGGUGGUAUGCUCAUAGCAGCCAACAAUGAGUGUUCUGUUUUGAUCCUUCUUCUUAUGCAAAGGAAUACAGGACCUCUUCAGUCUUCCCCUUACCAGAGGUGGCCUCUGCAAAUGGCAUACCAGAUGGGACUCUUAAGAUGCUUGUGUGGUGGCUUCUUGUCCUUCUCUUUGACUUCUGUGGCAUGGUGCUAGUGCAUGUACCCUGUGGUAUUGCCCCGCUGUCCGUAGUGUGAACUGUCCUGUGAACUUUAUGUCAGGAGACUGUGACCUUCAUGUCCAGCUUCAAAGAGUUCUUCAUGAACUCAGUAAUACACAUCACAUGGCUGAGAGUCCGCUUUCCAGGCAGGGCCAGCAUGUGUAGAAUAUCUUUCAGAAUGUUCACCAUGAAACAGGGGUGGUAGAUGUAUUCCCUUGUGUCAGGCCAAAGAAGUUCUUACAAAGUACAGUGGGUGGUGCCUAAAGGGACACUUUACUCACAGCCUGGCUUGAGUAACAGGAACACCAUAGCACCCGCAAAUACUUCUACUUGAAUCAUAUUCUGUGCUUUUUCAAUCACUAGUGCAGAAUAGGCUGCAUCUUGACACAGACUGUUAGGCAAUAUUGAUUUUUUUGUUUUGUUUUUAUUUGGUUUUAUCUGAGAUAACUCAUGUUCAAGGUGGGAAUAAGAGCCAACUAGUUAAAAUGUAUGAAAAGAAAACUUUCCCCUGCUGUAUUUGUUGUGUAACAUAAAUAAGCCUUCUGAGAAGCAGGGUGAAUAAAGUUUAGGGAGCUGGGACACCUGGUCCUUCUGCUAGCUGGACCACUGGCUCAUCAUGCAAUGAAAGGUGAGCAGAUUUAACCCCUCUGUGCCUCAGCUUUUUCCCCACAGACGCCUACCUCACAGGGGCAUUGAGACAAAAAAUAAAGAAAGGCAUUUUACAGUCUCUAAACAUGUUUAAGUGCCAUGAGUAAUUUUUCCUGACUCUGUUUCAUAGCUUUGUAAGAAUUCUGUGUCUUAUAAGCAAGGCAGGUGCUACCUAAAAAAGUAAUCUUAGCUGGGCGCAGUGGCUCACACCUGUAAUCCCAGCACUGUGGGAGGCCGAGACGGGCGGAUCACGAGGUCAGGAAUUCGAGGGCAUCCUGGCUAACAUGGUGAAACCCCGUCUCUACUAAAAAUACAAAAAUUAGCUGGGCGUGGUGGCGGGCGCCUAUAGUCCCAGCUACUCAGGAGGCUGAGGCAGGAGAAUGGCGUGAACCCGGGAGGCAGAGGUUGCAGUGAGCCGAGAUGGUGCCACUGCACUCCAGCCUGGGCGACAGAGCGAGACUCCGUCUCAAAAAA